AUGCCCGCUGAGGUGAUCAAGCUGGUUCCUGAGGUUGUGACUGGAUGCGCGAUCUGCCGAAGGUUUGCCCGACUAAAGAGCCGGCCGGUGGUGAAGUUUGGACAGCCAUCUUUCUUCAACGAGGAAGUCCAGGCGGACUACUUCCAGCUGUGGGACCAAUGGUUUCUCAUCGUCGUCGAUGCGUGUACCAGGUUCAAGACGGUGUCUGCGGCGACUGGCCGCGACCUUCCUACGGCGCUCAAGACUAUGAUGCAAACCUGGUUCGGCUACUUCGGUCCGAUGAAGAAGCUGGUAUCCGAUCAAGAGUCUUGCUUGAUGAGUCACGAGGCUGCCGUGGAGUUCGAGCGUCUGAACAUCCACCGUGAGCCAGCCGGUACUACCCGAGGCAAGGCUCAAGGUCAACACACCACCACCGGCAUCGUUGAGAAGCACAUCGACCUCGUGAAGAUCUGUAUGCUUAAGAUCAAGGCAGAAGCAGAGCGACAAGGGCUGGAUGUGGCAAUGCAUGACAUCGCUGCAGAAGCCAGUUUUGCUCAGAACGCGAGCAUCAACCUGGGCGGCUACACGCCCCACAUGAUGGUCAUGGGCACUCUUCCGAUGCCCUACUACGACAUGGAUGCUCCGGGAAUCCAGGCAAUCACUGGGUCAGAUCAGACGAACCCUACGGUGUUCGAAAAGGCCCUUCGUCUGAGACAACUGGCGCUCACAGCUGCAGCUCAGUCCAUUGCAGAAAAUCGCAUUGCUCGAGCAGGCCACACUCGACCACAACGCCUGCCGAAGGAGGACAUGAAGCCCGGCAUCACCGAGAUCGAGUUCCACCGUGAAGAUGCCGACGGCUAUGGAUGGCGAGGCCCUGGCCUUCUUCUCAAGUUGCAGGACAACGGGUCUGCCAUUGUCGAGUACCAGGGCCGACCUUAUCUGAUCCCACUGAGGAACCUUCGCCAAUUCCGCGGCACCUACUACAACGACUUCCACAACAACGUGAAGGAGCGCAAGCAGCAGGAACUGGACUCCUGGCUUGCUCUCCGCAGGCCGAUGGAAAGUGCAGAAGCAUGUGUUCCCUUCCGGAUCGACACCUACGGCCAUGUAAAGGACAUCCACGGCAACUGGAAGGUGCUGCCCAAGACCAUGGGCACCACACAGCGAGAUGGCAUUUUGUCCGACAUCGUCGCGGCAGCUAACUUCCUGACUUCCAAGGAGUGCCAUGGCAUCAAGGUCGGUGUUGGUCUCAAGAAGAUGAUCACCCCCGCCGGUACUACCGGCACGCUCAUUGCCUGGCGACGGAACACCAUACGCAUGACGAUCGUCGACAACCCUUCUGGUCAAAACAUGUCGACAGUUUCCCGCGUCGCAGGCAAGGAAGAGAUGUGUUACAUCUACUUCUACAGCUAUGCCGAGAACUUCACCGAGGCACCACCUCCCACCUGGGCUCCGAAAGGGAUACCACAUGAAGAGUCACCAAUUGUUCCUCAACUACCACCAGCUCCUCAAUCCUCACCACAAUCCAUGGACACCGACUCGACAACCAAGCAAGACAUGGACGUCGACAUCAACAACAAGCGCGAUGGCAUGGAGUCACGGACUGUGGUUUUGGCGCCUGAGACGAAGAAGCCACGGGUUUCCUUUGCUGAACCAGCUUCCUCCUACAUGCAUGAGACUUUCCUUACCAUGCAUCAGCGCCAGCACGUCAUCCACCACAACGAGCCACUUUCGCUACCUCCGGAUGACCUGUCCGCCACGGCACCGUCGGACACCUCAGAGAAGGACGCAAUCUUCCACAUGCGCUCUCCGGGCUGGUGCGCGGACCUCAACAUCGGAAGCAUCUUUCGGGUCGACUCCUCCACCGACAACAUCGAGGAGCACGACGUCUACGACAUUUGGCCUCAGGUGCAUGAAGCUGACGAGAAGGAGAUCAGCCAAUUCGUGAAUGAGAACGCUUUCGCUGCUAGACGUCGCGACUCUCUGGGAAGCGACUGUGCCAUCAUCGAUGCGAUAUGGGUACGAAAAUGGAAGAAGACUGCCAGCGGCAGGAUGGUGAAAAGUCGACUUUGUGUUCGAGGAUGCCAUGAUCCAUGGAAGCACGAGCUCCUGAGCAAGUCAUCCACCGCGACUAGAUUGAGCCAGCGACUUAUCCUUUCCUCUGCGUCGAAUGACGCGCGAAAGUCACUGGAGUCUUGGGACAUCGCGGGUGCGUUCCUCAAGGGGCUGACCUACCAGGAGCUGUGGAAGGCGCUAAAGGAGCUGGGCCUACAAAGUGUGGAGAGGCUCAUUGCCAUUGCUCCCUUGGCGUGGCAGCUCUACCUGCACAAGUUCCUCAAACAACUGGGAGCUUCCCAAAGUCACUCCGAUGAGUGCUACUGGUGGUGGCCAAGUCCAACUCACGGACAAUGGCCGAAGUCUUCACUCAGCACCCACGUCGACGAUUUGGCUGUGGAAGGUUACCAGAAAUGGCUGGAUGAAGUCUUCGAUAAGAUGUUGGCCAAGUUCGGCAAGCUCACCAGGCAGCGGCUCCCUUUCAUGCACUGCGGCUGCCGGUACUCAAAGAUUGCUGAUGGUUACAAGGUUGAUCAGCAAGAGUACGUGGAAAUGCUGAAGCCCGUGAAGAUCGCCAAUGACGACAAGGACGAUCGCGCCCUCACACCUUCGGAGACUACUCUACUGAGGAGCGCUAUCGGCGCCUUGAUGUGGACAGGGCUGACGAGGCCAGAUCUUCUAGCCGAGUUAUCGGUUCUUCAGGGCGUCAUGAACAAGGGCCUUGUAAAGCACGUUAAGGACGCCAACGAGCUUGUUGCCAAGGCCAAGCGUGACAAGGAGGCCGCCAUUUAUUACCGCGACCUCAAGACUACCAGCUACCGUAUUGUGUGCAUCCACGACGCCUCUGCAGCCACCUCGACAAAGAACUACGCUCAAGAAGGUGUACUUGUGGUGCUGAUGAGUGACCACUACCGCACCGACGACAACCACGUGGUGGUCGACGACUACACCGCCAAGCACUUGAUAUCCGGACAGGCCCAGUUGCUCCACUGUCAAAGCAACAAGGCCAAGCGUGUGUCAUACUCUACUUCGCAUGGGGAGACGUUGGCAGCCAUCAAUGGACUGGAGUGCGCCACUCUCGUGAGCACUCGUUUGGCUGAGGCGACCUACGGUUCUGCACGGCCUUCGGUUCAACAACUACUUGCGAUACAAGAACGUGGCUGUCACCACUUCCCUGUGGACGCUCACACCGAUGCCCGCGACUUUUGGGAACUGAGCUCUGGUGCGAAAAGUCUUCCUCAAGACAAGUCUCAGAGGCUGUACGUUUUGGCACACCGAGAGGCGAGAGCGUCAGGAAUGUCAGGACGCAUCCGGUGGGUUAUUCUAACGCCUACGGAAUGCAUGACUGCAGAUGCUUUGACCAAGGUCAUGACAUCACCUGUCCUCAUGGAAUGGCUCACGACUAGGAUCAUCAAGUUCUGGAACACUGGUCAUCCUCUGGAGAUGAAGCGGCUCCCUCCAUCGAACGGCAUCAACGAGCAGGACCUUAUGGAUGGCGACAACUCUUUGGCGAAGAAAACUGCUUGGUUUGUUCACGUGCCAUGGUUUCUUUUCUCGAAGAAACUCUUCGGCCUGGCUAUGGUUGCUUCUAUGAUGGAUGGUGCUGCUGCUCAACCUCCUGAUGCUCCUCACUAUGCUGGUUUCGAGGAUGGUGUCUGUAUCUUCUGCUGCUAUGGCUGUUUGCUGCGACCGGCUGUUCUUCACACGUCCGACUACUGCGACCUCACCUACAACGACGUCUUCCACUACGCAACGACCCUCGGCUACCACUACAUCAUCUUCUUCGUCUUCAGCAGGUUCCACGGCUCCAGUACCACUAACGACUUCGACGACCGAGCCUCCUCCAACGGUUGUGCUGAGUAG